AUGGAGUCGCUGGUGACAUUUGGCCCAGCGCUGGCUGCCGGUAGUGGAGACCUGGAUGCCACCGUCCCCUGCUAUGGCGUGGCUCAGACACAGCGAGAUGAUCCAUGGCAUCACCUGGGUGCCAGGCCUAAACCCUCCGCCAUCUUCCACCACCAGAGCCUCAGGAUAGGGAGGGAGCAGGCAGCUCCUGAGGCUAUCUGCUGCACCUUGGUGAACUGUAACUGUGACAGCUUCAAGCCUGGGAAGCUGAAGAGAAGACAGUGUGAAAACUGCAAACAUGGCUGGGUUGCACACGCACUGAGCAAGCUCAGGGUGCACCACAUGUACCAGAGCAGCCAGGUGGAGAUCGUGCACUCCAACGUGGUGUUCGACAUCUGCAGCCUGAUGCUGUAUGGCACCCAAGCCAUCCCCAUUCGCCUCAAGAUCCUCCUGGACCGCCUCUUCUCUGUCUUGAAGCAGGAGGAGGUCAUCCAGAUCCUCAACGCCCUCGACUGGACUCUGCAGGACUACAUACGAGGAUACGUACUCCAGGACGUAGCAGGGAAAGUGCUGGACCGGUGGGCCAUCAUGACGUUCGAGGAGGAGAUUGCCACGCUGCAGCAGUUCUUGCGUUUUGGUGAGACCAAGUCCAUAGUUGAGCUGAUGGCUCUGCAGGACAAGGAGGGCCAGGCGGUGCUGGUUCCAAGCACCCGCACCAACUCAGACAUCCGCACUUUCAUUGAACGCAACACCCCACGCACCGCUGCCAACCUCUCCACAUCCAAAGUGGAUAAGCUGAGUGGCAACAGCAUGCACCACUUUGAGAACUUCAUAAACAGCAUGGCCUUCAUGCUGCCAUUCCAGCUGUUAGGCUCUGUCCCCACACCAUUCCUGGGCUCGCCAACAGGGACGCUGCAGCAGCAGCACCAGCAGCAGCAGCACCAGCAGCCAUGCUGCGGGUCAGUGGAGCAGCAGAGUCAGAGACGAGAUGAUCAAGGGCGGGACGGUCUGGGGAGGGAUAACCCUCUCCCUCUGUCACGACCUCCAGAGAGCAGCCUAAUUGGUUCCAGCUCUGUCUCUUUCCCUGAUCUGGACAGAAGUGGAGACAAGCCAAUGGACAGUCUGUCCACCACCACAAAGAUGGAGGCAGAGGACUUCUCCACCAGCGACAACUACUCAGAUGGGCCCUCUACACCAUGCACACCAUCCAUGAGCUCUGAUGUCACACAGAUGUCACCCGAUGGCAAACUGCGCUCAUUGGACAGGAACGGAGGCAGUGGUGGAGGGGUCUCAGGAGGUGCGGGGGGCUCUCUGAAAAAGGGCCGUGUUUUUUGCAAUGCCUGUGAGAAGACAUUCUAUGACAAGGGCACGCUGAAAAUCCACUACAAUGCAGUGCACCUGAAGAUUAAGCACAAGUGCACCAUCGAGGGCUGCAACAUGGUGUUCAGCUCGCUGCGCAGCCGCAAUCGCCACAGUGCCAACCCAAACCCACGACUACACAUGCCGAUGAACCGCAACAACCGGGACAAAGACCUGCGGGGCAGCAUGUCUGCUGAUGAGAACUCUCAAGGAGAGAAGAGGCCUGAGUAUGGAACCCCCAUCCCUGUCUGCUCAGCAGAAAGCCAUAAAUCAGUGCCCUCAUACAUGGUGAGCCACGUGGACACUGGCUCGAAGCUCCACAGCAGCUCAUUCCCCAGUAUGGGCCAGAGUGGCAUCCUCUUCCCCAACUUAAAAACAGUACAGCCAGUCCUGCCUUUCUACCGCAGCUUGGUAACUCCAGCAGAGCUAGCCAACACCCCAGGAGCGCUCCCCUCCCUUCCCCUGCUGUCCUCCUCUGUACCCGUCAAACCCAUCACAGCCCCUGAACACUGCAUGACAGAACCAAUACCAAAGAAAAAGUCGCGGAAGUCAAGCAUGCCAAUAAAGAUAGAGAAAGAGGCAGUGGAGCGAGAUGAGCAGAUGGAUAAUGGGAGCAGCUCUGAGGAUGAUGGUCCUUUACAGGGCAGGGACCAGGAAGAGUGUGACGGCGGCCAGGCAGAGGGGCAGGGGUGCACACAACCAGCUGGGGAGGAGAAGGAGGUGAGAGGUGCUUACACUGGGGAGGAGAGGGAAAGAGACCAAACUCUAGAUAGAGACACGACAGAGAGGAACAACAAAGAUGAUGGGCUGAAGCAACCUGAAGCAGGGGUCAUCACCUGUGCAUCCUCCCCCUUUGAGAACAGACUGAUGGAGAACCACUGUGACAACAACUUACUCUGUCAGGAACUCAACGGCAAUGAAAACAGGAUGCGCAUAAACUCAUUGAUAGCAGAUGACAAAUGGAACGAGGGUGAGCAUAGGCAGACAAACGGGGGUGCUCUUCAGCUCAUAGACCGUGAUAAGGAGGGAUCUGACGGCUGCGUAGAGGACUACAGUGACUCAGGGCUGUCUCAUUUCAAUCCUGACGCUGAUCUACCGCACCACUGUGAAAUCUGCAGUAAGACCUUUAAGAACCCAUACAGCGUCAAGAUGCACUACCAAAAUGUCCACCUGAAGGAGAUGCACAUGUGCACAGUGGACGGCUGCAACGCUACAUUCCCAUCCCGCAGGAGCCGUGACAGACACAGCGCAAAUCUGAACCUGCACCACAAGCUACUGACCAAAGAAUCCUUCAGCCCAGCCAGCAUCCUUUACCCACCCUCAUCCCACUGCAGAGACAGAGACUCUGUUGGUCUGGACUACUGCCAGGACCAGCGGGACAGAGACCUGCCCCAUCGAGACCCAACCAGCCACACCUCUGUCAUCUUCCGAGGACACAAUCGCAUGGGCCUGGUCUUCCCUAUGAGCAAAAUGUCCACUGCACCAGACAGUGCUGAGGUGUCACCCUUAGGAGAAAUGGAGGGAUUAGGAGAAGGAGAAGGUGGUAGAGCUGGGGAGGAUGGGGCAGUCCUUGACCUGAGCACCUCCUCCUCUGCCCCCCCUCGUGGCAGCAGCAGUGCACAAUCUUCCUGGGACUCAGAUGGAGCCGGCAGCGAUGAAGGGGAAGGAAUUGAAGAGGGUGAGGAGACGCUCCCCAUGGAGGACAGUGAUGAAAGCUGCGAUGGGAUUGGCAUGGCACGGCCCGGGGGUGAGGAGUUGGCACUCGUGGGAGAGAAGACUCUUGGCUGCGUUGGGGGAGGACAAGUUGGGCUUCAGGGAAGUGGGGGUGGAUCUCCGAUAACCUGCCACGUCUGCCAAAAGGUCUACAGCAACAAGGGCACGUUCAGAGCCCAUUACAAGACUGUCCAUCUACGACUGCUUCACAAGUGUAAAGUCCCAGGCUGCGACACGUCCUUCUCCUCUGUGAGAAGCAGAAACAGGCACAGCCAGAACCCAAACCUCCACAGGAACCUGGCUCUCAGCUCAGGGGCCACAAUGGACCAGGAGUAGGGAUCUGACUGAUUUCCUCCACUCUUACUGUCUUUUUGUUGUUGUUGUUGUUGUUGUUUUCUAUUUGGGCACAGAAAAGGCUCACCAAUUAGCACUUUUUAAAGUCUGGACU